CUCGCUAAACAACAUGCAAUACACUGUUUGGAAAUGUAUUGUAAACUAAAAGUGCCAGAAACAAUCAUCAACCUUAUGCCAUUCCUUCUGAAACAUCUACCUAGUAAGAAGCUUCAAACUAUCUUACUCUGUCACUUUUUGACAAAUACUAUGACCUAA